CUUCCCCCAGGCCUCUAACCAGACUCUGCUGGACAAGUUCAAGCGGCAGCAUGAGGGCAACGGCUACAUUGAGUUCCCCGCCGUCAUGGAGCCCGCCUUCAUCAUCCGCCACUACGCCGGCAAGGUCAAAUACGGGGUCAAGGACUUCCGGGAGAAGAAUACGGACCAUAUGCGUCCGGACAUCGUGGCCCUACUGAAGAGCAGCAAAAACGCCUUCGUCUGUGGCCUGAUGGGCAUCGACCCCCCAGCCACCUUCCGCUGGGCUGUCCUCAGAGCCUUCUUCAGAGCCAUGGUGGCUUUCAGGGAGUCUGGGAAGAGACACGUACACAGGAAGACUGGGCAUGAUGCCGCUGCUCCCUGUGCAGUUUUGUGCAGUGUGGAUAGUUUUAGCUUUCUGCAUCACCCUGUGCAUCAGAGAAGUUUAGAGAUCCUGCAGAGGUGCAAAGAGGAGAAGUACAGUGUGGUCAGAAAGAGUCUACGAACACCGCUGUCGGACCUGCAGGGCAGCAACACGCUCAACGAGAAAUCUCCACGGGAUGGUGUGGGCUGGAAUGGGCGUGGUGGGCGUCAGAGCCGCCUGUCAUCCAGCGGGUCCAACACGGAAGAGGACGGAGGAAUUUUGUCAACUCCACCAGCAGCAAGCUCCUGGAGAGAGCCCACGGCAUCCUCAUUACACAAAUCCAAACUCAGGAGGCGCAGGAGAAACAAAAACUACAAAUCAAAGCCCAGUCUUCCAAAGCACUUGCUUGACGUCAAGUCCCUAAAGUAUCUCAGCAACCUGACGCUGCACGACCGCAUCACCAAGUCCCUCCUCCACCUCCACAAGAAGAAGAAACCACCCAGUAUCAGUGCUCAGUUCCAGGCCUCUCUCAAUAAGCUGAUGGAGACUCUGGGCCAAUCAGAGCCCUACUUUGUCAAAUGCAUCCGUUCUAAUGCAGAGAAGCUGCCCCUGCGCUUCAACGAGGGCCUGGUGCUCAGGCAGCUCCGCUACACGGGUAUGCUGGAGACCGUGCGCAUCCGCCAGUCAGGCUACAGCAUCAAGUACACCUUCCAGGAUUUCAUCCGCCACUUCCGCGUACUGCUACCCGAGGGCACCAGUGCCACCCAGGAAGGCAUCGGACAGUAUCUGGGCCAGGUGGACCUUGCACCUGAUGGAUACCAA